CAAAAUUUGAAAAAUUAACGGUUAAAAAACAUUUGAAAAACAUAAUUCAAAAGUGCGCCAAACUUUUAAGACAGUCACGAGAUUUUGUAAAGCAAUAAAAAGUUAAUUAAACCACAAUUUAAAAUGGAAAACGAUAAAGAAAUCAUUAAAGAAAACAAUAACGUUGAAGAAGACAUUGUAGAAUCACCAGAAAAGUCAAAAUACGAGAAAAUGAUAACAAAAAGAGAUGUCCGGAAGUUUUCAUUGAUCCCGAAGAAAAUUAAGCGAUUGAAGGAGAACAAGAAUGCUGCAAAUUCAGGAAUUAAUAUAUCAGCUAAUCAUAUUCGAUUGCAAUUGAAUGCUGGAAACAAGAUGAUGGUGAAGAACGGAAGUAAUCAAAAACUUAAAUUCUUUGCAUCCAGAAUUCCUCGUGAAUAAUAGGCGCUGUAAACAAUGGAAGAAUCUAGUCACGUUAUGUUGGAACUCAUUUAAACUAAUUAAUAUUUUUUCAAUAUAUAUGUUAUUUAAUUAAAUAAAAGCUGUUUCCUUUACAAAUG